AUGGCGUGCUGCGCUGCGGUGGUGGCGGUGGUGCUGGCGGCCGCGGUGGCGGGGGCGCCGGUGGAGGGGCUCGGCGUGAACUGGGGCACCUUGGCCACGCGCCGGCUGCCGCCCAAGGUGAUGGCCCGGCUGCUCAAGGACAACGGGUUCAAAAAGGUGAAGAUCUUCGACGCCGACGAGGCCACCAUGAUGGGGCUCGCCGGGACCGGCAUCGAGACCAUGAUCGCCGUGCCCAACGACAUGCUCGCCGCCGUGGCCGCCGACUACCGGCGCGCCAAGGAAUGGGUCAAGAUGAACGUCACUAAGUACGACUACCAUGGCGGAGUCAACAUCAAAUUCGUGGCGAUCGGGAACGAGCCGUUCCUGACGGCGUACAACGGCACCUACGACAACGUCACCGUGCCGGCGCUCAAGAACAUCCAGCGCGCGCUCGACGAGGCCGGCCAUGGGUCGGCCAUCAAGGCGACUGUCCCCGUGAACGCCGACGUCUACGACUCUCCGGCCAGCAACCCCGUCCCGUCGGCGGGGAAGUUCCGCGACGACGUCGCCGCCAUCAUCACCGACAUGGUCAAAUUCCUCAACCACAGCGGCGCGCCCUUCAGCGUCAACAUCUACCCGUUCCUCAGCCUCUACGGCAACGACAACUUCCCCAUCGACUACGCCUUCUUCGACGGCGCGCCUCCCACGCCCGUGAUCGACAACGGCGUCAACUACACCAACGUGUUCGACGCCAACUUCGACACCCUCGUCUCCGCGCUCGACAAGAUCGGGUUCGGGAGCAUGCCGGUGGUGAUCGGCGAGGUCGGCUGGCCCACGGACGGCGACAAGCACGCCACGGUGCCCUACGCCGAGAGGUUCUACAACGGGCUGCUCAAGCGGCUCGCGGCGCGGCAGGGCACGCCCCUGCGGCCGCGCGCCAGCAUCGAUGUCUACCUCUUCGGGCUCAUGGACGAGGACGCCAAGAGCGUGGCCCCCGGCAACUUCGAGCGCCACUGGGGCAUCUUCACCUUCGACGGCCGCCCAAAGUUCCCGCUGGACCUCCGCGGCAACGGGCGGCCGGCCAUGCCGGCGGGGGCCAGGGGCGUGCAGUACCUGCCGCGGCGGUGGUGCGUGCUCAACCCCAACGCUUCCACCAACGCGACCGCCGUCGCGGAGAACGUGGCCUACGCGUGCUCGCGCGCCGACUGCACGCCCCUCGGCUACGCCUGCAGCUGCGGCGCGCUGGACGCCGCCGGGAACGCCUCCUACGCGUUCAACGCCUACUACCAGGCGCAGGGGCAGGUGCCAUUGGCGUGCGACUUCCAGGGCCUCGCCGUCGUCACCGACAAGGACGUGUCACGGCCACCCUGCAACUUCACCGUGCAAGUAGUCGCCGAGUCGCGCGCCACGGCGGUCACCACCAACACCACCGCCGCCGAGUCUAUGGCCCCCGACGCGGCCGCGGCGCGGCUGACCGCCGCCGUGAUGGCUUUCUUGCUUGUGCUCGUCUCCGCAUAA